CAAUGACCCAGUGGAGCUUAUAAAACAACUUGGGAGAAGCCAGUUACCGACACAAGGCAUCUCAAAUUGGAUAAUUUUGCAUGUGGAAAUUGCCUUCAUCUCAAUAAAAAGGUUCUAAUCCCAGCCACCAGCCCCCAAGAUGGUGAUGGCGCUGCUGCUGCUGCUGCUACAGUUUUCGGCACUGGCUGGACUCUUUGGUGCAGCGGAGGGACAAGCAUUCCAUCUUGGGAAGUGCCCGACCCCUCCUGUGCAGGAGAAUUUUGAUGUGAAUAAGUAUCUUGGAAGAUGGUAUGAAAUUGAGAAGAUCCCAGUGAGCUUUGAGAAGGGAAGGUGCAUCCAAGCCAACUACUCACUAAUGGAAAAUGGAAACAUCAAAGUGGUAAACCAGGAGCUGAGAUCUGAUGGAAGUGUGAAUCAAAUUGAAGGUGAAGCCUCCCUGGUUAACCUCACAGAGCCCGCCAAGUUGGAAGUGAAGUAUUUCUGGUUGAUGCCUUCAGCUCCGUAUUGGGUCCUGGCCACCGACUACGAGAACUAUGCCCUCAUGUACUCCUGUACCACAAUCAUCUGGCUGUUCCACGUAGAUCAUGUUUGGAUCUUGGGAAGAAACCCUUACCUUCCUCCAGAAACAGUGACCUAUCUAAAAGAUAUUCUGACCUCUAAUAACAUUGACAUCGAGAAAAUGACCAUCACAGAUCAGGUGAACUGCCCCAAGUUCCUGUAACAGGCCCAAAAUGAAGGCUGCAUUCACCCAUGUUCCCUCUUCUGCUUUGCCUUUUCCCAAUUCUAUCCCUCCUCUCGUAACAACAAACCAAUCCACCAAGACAAACCAUUCCAAAUACAGAAGGGAAAUUUGACAGCAGAAGCCAGUGGAGGAGAACUCAAGGAAAGUUGGCCCAAGCACUUAGCCAUACACUACUCUGUUACCUGGUGUGCCUAACAAUAAACUUUUGCUGACUUGCUGUGCUCACAGUAAAUUUCUAAUUGAAUCAUUUGUGGGUUUUUAAUUACUAGGAAAUAUUUAAUCAGUUAUGUUGAAAAAACUAAGCACUGAACAGUUUACAUUUAAAGGUUAACCACCCCGUUUCUGGAAAGAGAAAGCUGGUGGCAAAGGCAUAUUCUCAAUGACUUGGUGGGUGUCCCCUUCUGUAUUAGGCAGUCCUUUGCAGAGGAAUCAUUCAGUGUUUUUGAGUUUCUGGCAGGCAGUCUCCUUGAAGCAUUUACUUUGUCAUCAGGAGGUCUUCAUAAUCAGGCUGAAGAAUGAGACCAUCUUGGAGUCUGUAUAAGAAUGAAGAGAAUCUAUCAGGGAGAUCUAUGAGAAUUUUUUAAAGAAAAAUUUUGGGGGGGUGAGAGAGUCUUUUAUUCAACUGAUAUUUAACGAAGGCCCAGCUACAUUCCAGGCAUUGAAGAGUACAGAAUCCCUGUCCUCCCACGAAGGUUCACAGACCAGUGAGGGAGACUGGCAAGUUAAAAUAAAACAGAAUCCAAGCUAAAGAAUGCAAAGGUAGAGGCCUGUGAAGAAGCCAUGGGAGGCCCAAGAAAGUCUCAAACCCUGCAAGACACAGGCACCCGUGAGACUGUACAGUCACACCUCCAGGUGUCCAAGUUCAGGGAGUCAAGAACCACCUUGAGGUUUUUUUCUUUUUUUGAUAUUGUGACUUUCAAAAUCAGAAAGAUUGCAAUUUCAUUUAGCUCACAUAAC